AUGGCGCGCGGCAACCAACGUGACAAGGCCCGUGAGAAGAACCAGAAGGAAGCCUCCAAGCUCAAGUCGAAGAACAGUCAAUCCGGCACUGAGUUCGCCCGCACCAAGGAGGACCAAGCCGCCAUCAUGCGCGCGAAGCAGGCUGCUGGUGAGUCAACCACCCAUUGCUUCCAUCGGCCUGCCUCUGAGUCUCUGGCUGUCCGCUAA